GUCUUUUAUCUCAGACACAGUCGCGCCUCCUAGGAAACGGUGUCCUUGAUCUCUGCGCCUCCAGAUCAGGUCAUUCGCUCUUCGUUACUCGAGGAACUCUGUAGUCUGCAUUCCUGGCCUUGCUUGGGCCUCUCCAGGCACGCGACGCGCCUCUCAUUUUUUGAAUCUUGUCUUGACUUUGCCGCUCUACUUUGGGAGAAAGGAAAAAAAAAAAAAAAAAAAGAGCGAUGGUGACUAGCUGUGGAAAUCAGGACAAGCCUCUGGAAAAGGGAUUCGUGCAACCGGAAGAUAUGCGAAACGCCUCUGAUAGGUUGACUGUUGAAGUGGACUGUCCUUCACUGGGUUCCAGCGAGUGCCCGUCUAUGAGUUCAAGUUUCUCACCUCUGGAAUCACCUACCCCGACCCCAACGAGCAUCUAUAGCCAAGGGUCGCUUGCCUCGCCCAGCUGGCACGAAACCGGGUCAUAUCCUGGUCACUCCUUUGACCGAACGACCGGACCGGCGCCAGUCCGAGGCCCUUUUCGCUUAGCCAGCAUGAAUUCCAAUGAGAACAUGGCGUUGCCGCACUACAGCGGCAUGGAUCCGCACGAGCGCAUGCCGAUGCCGGAUUUCCUCUCCGGAUACGACGACAACGUCGAACAGUUCUGGAUUCCUUCAGAUGCGCCCAAGACCUAUGAGUCCGGACAUCACGGUCUGCCGUAUCCGCCGGCAAUGCAACAGUACCCGCCAAUGGUUCGGGGCAGCUAUCGGAGCCAUGCUCCUUCCUACCUCCCAGAGUCCGCUACCAAUCCGUGCCUAUCGCGGUCUAUCUUUCACCAUUCCGAGCGUGUACCGUCGUCGAUGUCCAUGAGCAACAUGCUCCCGUGGAUGCCCCCGCCAAGCGAGUCUAUUGCGCCUCAGACUAUCGCUCCCUCACAGGUCGCACCCGUGACCCCGCCGCCUUCUUACACGGACUUCCCGGCCUCCAUGAACAAUUUCAAGAUGCACACACCAACAACCCCAGUGCGAUCAUGCUCUCUCGGCACCCAUUCUGGAACCGACACUCCGAUGAGCCGGCUUUCCGGAGGCGCCGCAGACUAUAUGGAUGACUUCCAGCAGUCUCCCGUCUACGCAGAUGGCCUGGUACCGCCCCACCGCCAACAGUCACGGAAGGUUGCUCGCAAGCAGUCUUCCCGCCAGAAAAUGUCGCUGGAUGCCCUGCCCCAUAUCAUUCGACAGGUUCAGUUCAAGUGCCAGGAGCCUGGUUGCAAAGGGCGAUUCAAAAGACAGGAGCAUCUGAAGCGUCACAUGAAGAGCCACUCCAAGGAGAAGCCCCAUGUCUGCUGGGUGCCCGGGUGCCAACGCGCUUUCGGGCGCAGCGACAACCUGAAUGCCCACUACACCAAGACCCACAGCAAGCGCGGCGGUCGCAACCGAUAUGUGGCCACUCUUGAUGAGACGAGCCCCGACUUCGAUCCCGACUUCCGCGGGCAACUCUCCCAGGAUGGUCGACCUAUCUAUGGGUCAAAGCUGGAGGAUGUCAUCCCCGACACUCGCGAAGUCAGUGUCGACGCCUGGGAUGACUGAAGUACAUAUCCCUACUGGAACAAGCAUGAUACCCCAUGGCAUGUCCGCUUGCCAAUUUCCUUCUGUCGUUAGAUGGGUACAGAUAUACAGGGCCAGGUGAACCUCGGUCGGCGCGUUGCGGCGUUUCAUGUAAAACAUGUCCUGGCACUGUU